AUUAUCCGGACUUCCCGUGUACCACCAGCACGGCCAACAGCACAAUGACCAAGCAGCAUUCCUCCGCCGCCGCCGAUGACGACGCCGUGGUGUUCAAUGCAUCCGCGUACUCUGUGGUGUCUUCGUGGAUAUCCAAGUCCGCGAUCACUGAAGAAGAUACAGUCGCCCCAAAGGCGUCCAAGCCGUUGUACACCAAGUCCAAGGGAACAACGAUGGCAUUUGCCACGGAUGAAGACAAAUUUCUUGCAUCCAAGAUCCUCAAGAAGAAGCGACAGGAAGUCUCCACGUCGAUUGCUAACGACGUCGACGACGAUGACGACUACGAGACAUCAUUUCGACAGAAAGGACAGAGCUUGCAACCUGGCGUGAAGAAGCAAAAGACUCUCAGUGUCCAAGAAAAGCUUCUGCAGUCCUUGCGCGAGCAGCAAGAGCGAAGGAAACUGAAAAACAGGAAGAAGAACAAAAAGUAACAACGUCGUCGUGUGUUUCCUGGUGUGC